UCUCUCUCUCUCUCUCUCUCUUAAAACCCUCCUCCUCCAUCUUCUUAAUCUCCCCUUCGUCUCUCUCUUAAUUACCACUUGUUCUUAUCGUCAAAAGAUUAAUUAAAUUUUAUGGACAAAGGAUGGGGGCUCACGCUUGAUUCUGACUCCUUCGGCUACCUCCUCAACAAGCCGCCCACCGCCGUAGUUAAGCUCGACCACCACAACAACAAGAGAAGCAGUUUUUUUAGUGGGGAAAGGAUGUUCCCGGGAAUGGAAUUCCCCGUCAAACUUGGCCGCCGGGAAGAGCAGGAUGCGUCACAGCCGUCCAAUGACAACAACCGGAUGGUUGUGGAUGAGGUGGACUUCUUUUCCGAUCGUAAGAACAAGCUCAAUACCAAUAGUACCGAUGAUCAUCAUCAGGAUUCGAAAUCCAAUGGUGCAGUCAGUGUCAAGAAGGAGAAUUGGACUGGUUUGGAUGUUAAUACUGGAUUGCAGCUUGUUACUGCGAACACCCGAAGUGAUCAGUCGAUGGUUGACGAUGGGAUUUCUUCUGAUCAUGGGGUUAACAAAACAGCAAAGAAUCAUGAGCUGGCACAGUUGCAAGUGGAGGUGCAACGUAUGAAUGCUGAAAACCAGAGGCUGAAAGAAAUGCUUGGUCAAGUGACCAACAACUACAGUGCAUUGCAGAUGCAUCUUGCUGCAGUUGUUCAACAACAAAAUCACACUACUGCUGCUCCAGCUGAUCAGAGAUCACAAUUAGACCGUGAUCAGAAUACUGAAGCAAAGUCUGAUCAAGAAAAGAAGCAAGGGUUGGUGCCAAGACAAUUUCUGAAUUUGGGUCCGAGAGCCACAGCCGAGACGAAUGAUGACCAAGUUUCCAAUUGUUCAUCGGAAGCAAGAACCCGAUCAGCUUCACCACCUCAAAACAUCGAUGAAGUUGUGAAAAACGAUCAGAUUGGUCCGUUGGAUCCGCCAAACUCUAAUAAUUUCCGUGACGGGAAAAGAGUUGGCGGGGAUGAGAGUCCUGAAUCUGAAUCACAAGGAUGGGUGCCCAACAAGGUCCCCAAGCUCAACAAUUCUGCGGCUCCUAAGCCAAUUGAUCAAUCAACCGAGGCAACCAUGAGGAAAGCCCGCGUCUCCGUCCGAGCCAGAUCAGAAGCCCCUAUGAUUACUGAUGGAUGUCAAUGGAGAAAGUAUGGACAGAAGAUGGCAAAGGGAAACCCAUGUCCUCGUGCAUAUUAUAGGUGCACAAUGGCUGUAGGCUGUCCUGUUCGCAAACAAGUACAACGUUGUGCUGAGGACAGAACCAUACUGAUCACAACAUAUGAAGGCAACCACAACCACCCACUGCCACCCGCUGCAAUGGCCAUGGCAUCCACCACCACAGCAGCCGCCAGCAUGUUGCUUUCGGGGUCCAUGGCAAGCGCGGACGGGAUGAAUAUGAACCCUAAUAAUUUGCUAGCCAGAGCAAUUCUUCCUUGCUCAUCGAGUGUUGCCACAAUUUCAGCCUCAGCUCCAUUCCCAACUGUCACAUUGGACCUCACCACAUCUCCAUUACAAUUCCAAAGACCAAACACCCCAUUUCAAGUCCCUAAUUUCCCAGGGCAACCCCAGAGUUUUGGGGCAGCUUCACAACAACUGCCUCAAGGUUUUGGGCAGGCCCUCUACAACCAGUCUAAGUUUUCAGGACUUCAAUUGUCCCAGGAUUUAAUGGGGUCUACUAGUUCUCAACAACAACAACAAAUGCAGCAAACUCAGUCUUCCUCGUUUGCUGACACAGUGAGUGCCAUCGCGGCUGAUCCGAGCUUUACUGCUGCUCUCGCGGCCGCUAUCACCUCCAUCAUUGGUGGAGGAGCGCAUCCGAGCAACAACAACAGCGCCUCUACCACGUCCAACACCAGCAGCGGAGCCAACAACAACAAGAACAUUAGCAGCUUCCCGGGAAAUUAACUAGAAAUGUGGGCGUCUAUUUUUUUUUGUUAAUUUUGUCCUUUGGGUUUAGAAAAUGUUGGUAACAUGUCGAUACCUUUUGUUGUUUUUUGGGGAGGGUUAGAAUUGGUAGAUGGAACCCAACUUCAUUCUUUCUUUCUUUUUCUUCCAGGUUUUAUUUUAAAUAAUUUGAUUCAAAUUUCUCAGUAAAUACACAGAACAAGGAAAAAGAUUUAGCUUAGAUUAUGUAUUUACUAUUCCAAUCAAUGAGAAGUACAUGCACUGCUACA